UGUUUUCAUCUUUGUGAAGUUGUUCCUGAUAGGCUUAAUUAAUGCCUCUAUCUGGGAUACACAGGUAAAAACGAAAGUAGGAAACGGAAGUGCUCGAAAAACUGGUUUCUCACGGUCCAGUUAUUGGAGUAUGUCGUCGGAGUCAGGCGACACCCAAGAGAGUGUGGAUAAGCCCGAGUCUCCGACUAAUGUCAACACAGACGCGGAGCCCAUGGUUGUAGAUGUUACAACGAAUGGGAACGAGGCAAAAAAGGUAGCAGACGACGAAUUGGAACCCGAAGGUGUUAAAGUCUCAGCAGCAGAAUAAAGAUAAGAAAGAACAGAAAGUUGAAACAUUUGACGAGACCGGUGACGACACGCAGAAAUUUGACGAAGAAGAACUUGCUGACACACAGGAAUUGACAGAACCUGACGACAGUCAAAAUACAGCAGAAGAGACAACUCGCUCACGGAAAUGUGAUGACAAAGAAGAUAUUGAACAAUCUGAAGAUGAUGUUAAUUUAGAUCGAUAUUAUCCACUCUCUGACAGUGAUAGUGGAAGUGGGAGAGAACUUGAAGCAUUGAGAGAAGGCAUGGGUAACAGUAAAACCAAGGACAAAUCGAAACCUGGAAAGAGAGGUGGAACUACCUCCUACCAAAAUUCAUCGAGCGACGAGUAUGAGGAUGCUUGGCCAAAACCCUGGAGAUCUAAAGCAGAAAGGUCCAAGAAUGCACGGAAAUAUCCGUUAAUGAGGCGAUGGAGUCAGAAAGACACGGAGGAUUACAGAAAAGGUUAUCCGGGAAAGAAGGACUGUUCUGGAACUCUAAACCUCGACUUUUAUACAAACAGCAUCUCAUCUCGUCCCAAUGGUGACAAAAUUGAUGUCAUACACAAGAAAUGGUUUGGAGACUAUGACAGACUCGAGAGUCACCAUGGUUACAUACAGUGGUUGUUUCCUAUUCGAGAGAAUGGAAUGAACUACUAUGCUCAAGAGCUACAAGUUAAGGAAGCUGAGGCAAUUAAGAAGAACCCUGAGACUUGUGGACGAGUUUUAAAGUCCUACCAAAUGAUGCUGAACUUCUACGGGAUGAAGCUGAAGGAUGAUGAGACAGGGGAACUAGAGCGAGACAGAGACUGGCGACAGCGCUUCCACCAUCUCAACAGGUCCAUGCAUAACUAUCUGCGUAUCACCCGGAUCUUGAAGUCACUGGGAGAACUUGGCUUUGAACAUUUGAAAGCUCCCUUUGUGCGUUUCAUGCUGAAGGAAGCUCUGGAGCGGAAGACCCUGGAGAAUACAAUUGACAGUUGCUACAACUACUGGAUAGAGACCAUUAAGGACGACGAGAUCAGGGAAGAACUGCGAGACUUUGCAGAUAACAUCAUUUGCUCUGAUUCAUAAAAAACGUAUCUUGUCAUAUUUGAAAGUUAGGAGGGUUUUCACAAAUACACUCAUUUUGAAUAAAAUUGUUCUCGGAAGGGGUAGAUGAUGUUCUCCUUGUAAGAGGAGUACCCAGAAGGACAUUCAAAAAACGCCUCUGAAUACUGCUAGCAUAAUUCAACAGCUAUUCAUUGACUGGCAGAUAAGAUUCCUGAAACACACAGAGUUGCUCAUGUCAAAAGUUUUGAAAAGAUUUUUAUGAUUAUUGAAUCAAAUCAGAUCAAUUUGUACACAUUGUUAAAAAGAUCAUGUUUAUUUGCCCAACUGCUAUUUCAUUAAUUUUUUUAAUAGUUGGCAAUAUUUUAUUUUUUUUAAAUAUAUUGUUUUGAAUUUUCAUAAUCGAAAAUUGGCAGUAAAUUCUAGAUUUUCUGAAGGUGUUCAGCUUGAAAUAUCAAUGACAUAGAGGCUCAGUUUUACAAAUAUUUGAAACUUAUUCAAAAUUAUUUUGAGUCCCUUGAUUUCUAAAGUGUUCUGUGUCCGAUUAUUGGGAUGUAAACAUGAUUCCAGGUGAGAACCUGUCCACACAUAUCACAAGCAAUUUUUAAGAGAUGCUAAUUAUUCCUCCACUUUACAAACUAUGAUUAUCACUGAUUUUUUAUUUCCAUGUAGAUUGUGCUGUGUGUUACCUAUUUACCUGUACUAUUUAUCAGCUGCUUUGAAUUAAUAACUUUGUGGUUUGUGUCUAGUAAGUGACAGUUGGCAUUGAUACCUCUAAUUGUUUGGUCGGCAUUCGAGAAGUUGGUGAGUCAAGAAUGAAACAUAUCAACUUUAUGGAUGACAACUUCUUGUUUAUUGCAUAGAGCGACAUUUCAGUGUAGAUUCUCUCACCGUUUUCAAGGUAAAGCUUUUAGCUUGAUAACGAUAUAAGAAUCUACAUCAAAACAUCGCUCUAUGCAGUAAACAAGAAGUUGUCAUCCAUAGAGUUGUAUGUUUCAUUGAUUCCUCAAAUACAGAACCAAAUUCAAAUUUGAAAACACUGAAAUACUUGCACUGUUGCUGUAAGACACUACAUCUAUGUAAGUAAACCGUCCAUAUUUAAGUAGUUUCAUUGAGCGUCAUGGAUAGGCUAGCAUUACAUAUUUUUGUUGGAACCUAUUGGCAAGUUUAUAAUUGGAAUAACAGUACAUUAUUGUGAUGCAUGUGAAUUAUGAGUAAGGACUUUCUUGAAGGCACCUGAGAAUUUUGGUACUUGGGAGUUUUGUUCAAAGUAUUCCCGGAUUUUGGCAUGGAUUGUUGUUCCCCGAGUUACCUAUGCUUGGUGACAAUGGAUCACGUGGACAAGCUUCAUGACUCUAUUGAUUGUGUGUGAUCACAUCCAGUUGGCAUGGAUUGUUGUUCCCCAGCGACCUAUGCUUGGUGACAAUGGAUCACGUGGACAGGCUUCAUGACUCUAUUGAUUGUGUGUGAUCACAUCCAGUUGGCAUGGAUUGUUGUUCCCCAGCGACCUAUGCUUGGUGACAAUGGAUCACGUGGACAAGCUUCAUGACUAUUGAUUGUGUGUGAUCACAUCCAGUUGGCAUGGAUUGUUGUUCCCCAGCGACCUAUGCUUGGUGACAAUGGAUCACGUGGACAGGCUUCAUGACUAUUGAUUGUGUGUGAUCACAUCCAGUUGGCAUGGAUUGUUGUUCCCCAGCGACCUAUGCUUGGUGACAAUGGAUCACGUGGACAGGCUUCAUGACUAUUGAUUGUGUGUGAUCACAUCCAGUUGGCAUGGAUUGUUGUUCACAGUCUCAGUCACUGGAUUAUCUGGUCCAAACUAGACUACCAAAGAGCUGUAUUAUUGCUAAGAAACUUGCACACACAUACGCCCUCACACAUGCACACACAUACUCCCUAAAACACGUGCUCGCAAUGAAGAAGUUAUUCAAGAGAAUGCAGGAAAA